UUCGCUUAUAACAGAUUCCCGAUAUUAUGGAAAUGAAGCUGGCAUAACAUUGAACCGAAUCUGGUCUUAUAAAAGCGCCACCAAAUUUGGCAAACAGCAUCAGAAACAAUCGAGUGUUCUAGUCUAAUCCCACAAAUUCACAAAAUGUUCAAAUACGUACUACUCUUCGCUUUGGUUGCCUACGUUUCGGCUGCCGCUGUCAGCAGUGUCGAUGAUGCUCAUGCCGAAGUCAGUGUACUGAAGUCCGAUGUCCGCGUCGAUGGCUUCGACACCGCACUGGAGACCAGCAACAGCAUUCACGUCGUGCAACACGGUGAUGAAAAGGGCAACAUCAACGGCGAAUACGGUUGGGUAUCACCCGAAGGCGAACACGUCAUUAUCAACUACGUUGCCGAUGAGAGCGGUUACCACCCAAAGAGCGAGCUCUUGCCCACCGCUCCCCCAGUACCAGAGGCCAUCGUCAAGGCUCUCGAAUACAUCGCAUCUCACCCCUCAAAGGAAGGAGUCAAGAAGAACUAAAAGAAUUCCAUUAUAGACUUUGAUAUUGUUACGAAAUGAUUACGAAAGAACGAUUUGCUCUCGUGCAAGAAUUGGACGAUAAUAAGAUUAUAUUACUAUAGUAUAUGUAAAUGCAAAUAAAAUACUCCACUUUAUUGGUAAAAUUAA